AUGGGUUCCUCAGACAGGCGAGCCGUCAAGGUUACAGACAACGAUGAUGCAGAAGACGUCCCCCUCCACCACCUUCGCCCCUUCGGCACCGGGUUAUACAAACAACAGAUAAAAUUCGUCCCCGCCUCCGAUGGCGAUCUAGACUCGACCAGUUCGACAACGACCAAGUCCAGCAAGCCAAAACUUGACGUAGCAGGUCUUUACCUGGACAUGGUUCUCGCCAAUAAGGACAAGAACAAAAACAACGACAAACAAAAUGAAAAUCAAUCAACACAGCCGACAAUAGUAGUACCACAACAGGAAAUCUGCCAGAUCUGUAGCCUCCCCUACGCACCAAAUCCAGAAUCCAAAGCUAUCCACGAGCAGUCCUUUGCGCACCAAUCUCGCCUUCCACACUCCCACCCUCCCUCAGCCCUCGACCGUUCACGGAUGGGGCUUAAACACCUGACAAGCCACGGCUGGGACCCAGACUCCCGCCAAGGUCUCGGGUCCGCGGCACAGGGAAUCCAGUUUCCCAUCAAGGGCAAGAAGAAAGAUGAUCACUUGGGGCUUGGGGUAGAGGUGCCUAAGAAUGGGCAGCUGCCAGUGCCAAAGAAGAAGGAAAAGUUGUUGGAUGCGAAAAAGGUUCGGAAGAUGGCCGAGGUGGAGAAGAAGAAAGCGGAAAGGAUACGAAAGGAGUUGUGGGGGAGAGGACCCGAUCUGGAGAGGUAUUUGAGGAAGGGGGGCUAAUGGGUAACGAAGUGGUUGAGGGUCUACAUGAUUUAUUGGCAAUAUGAAUGAGCGUCAUAUCACCAAGUUACUUAGCUAAUCUCGCGGUAGCCGAUGUUAGCGGCAGAUGGAGGGAGAAUCUUGGCUUUAUUCAAGGGGAUUCGUAUGUUAACCCCGAGGAGGGCGAAUAAUUUCAAGAAGAACGACGGAUCAAAAGGAUCAGCGCACAGUAAUACGCACGUUUGAUCACAUAGACUAAA